AUGGUGCGGAGAGCGAGUCCCAUCGUGCUGGCGCCAGAUUCAACACAGGCAAAGCCAAAGCUGAAGCCAAAGCCACAACACUACAAGGCUGCUCCAAUCUCCGCACUUCCGAAGAUCAAAAUCGUCGCCACGGACGCCGACACCCCUGAAACGGAGGAACUGGCGGAGCUUUGGUACUUUGAGGCGCCUGGCAAAGAGGUGGCGGCCGCACAGAAGGCCAAGCCGGCCAAGACAAGGCGCAAGCCUGACGUGCAGUGCUACUCCAACACACUGGAGUCAUUGGUGGACGAAUCCAAAUUGGAUGCUGUUGUGCUGAAGCUGAAAAAGAACAUCUCUGCGUACCUGGCCGGCGACUCAGCAUACCGGCUGAAUCACAUGGCCGAGCACCUGAAGGUGUUUGAAAUAAGCGACCCCAACCACCCAGCAAAGAGGCGCACUGAAGAAGUGCUACGCUGGAUCGAUGUCCGACCCAGAGAGCGAGGCCUGAGCGCGAAAAAGGACCUGCCGCAGUUCCACCUGCUCGGCGAAUAUUGCGGCGUGGUAAAAACUGAGGAGCAGUCGGAAGAAGACGCGGCUGCGGCGUGCGACGGCGAGGAGCGCGUGACAGGGUUCAUAAUAAAGGACAAAACAGAAACCUUUGAUUCCGAAAUUGACCUCCCAAAGGACCAUUGGGCCAAGGACCAGGAGAUAAUAAUAGAUGCUUCACGCGCGCGAAACUGCCUGGCCCUAAUCAACGACGCCAAGGGAUUCCUCGACAAGGAAAAAAAGUCAAACAUAAUGUCUUUCCAGGUCCUCGACCGCACCACGACUGAGCUGCAUCUGUUCUUCAUUGCCAAGCGCGGGAUCAAGAAAGGAGAGGAAAUUCUGCUGGACUAUGGCGAGGCCAAGCUGUGCGAGGAAGGUGAGAGGAAGCUGGAGGCAGAGGCUCUGCAUAGGCAGCGAGAGAUGGAGCUCAAACAGGAGAAGAAGAGCUGCGAUGCGGCCAUCAAGUCCCUGCAGACAAAGCUUGGCAAGGCGCAGUUUCAGGUCGCGGAGCAGGCGCGGUGCAAGUUUGCUCUGCAGCAGAAGCAGGCGGAGCUGAGCCGCCUUCGCGUAUCUACCCUCACCAGCGCCAAACAGCGGGAGCUGGACAUCAAGCGUGCCGAAGAAGAGCUGCGCGCGAUGGAGCGAAGGCACGAGGCGGUGGCGGCUGCGUGCGAGGGGCAUGCACGAAAGGAGACUGAGCUGGCAUGCCAGCUGGCGGUGCAAGAGGAAGCUGCCAAGGAUGCUGCGCGCCUGGCCGCCAUGCACGCAGCGGCCGCCGCCGAAAGGGCCCGGGAACUCAGGGAAAAGGACGCCGUCAUUGAGUGCAUGAGACAGGAUCUCGCGCGAGUGCAGCUUCGCACACUGCAACCGCCACUGCCGCCGCCUCUGCCUCCAACGCCCCCGCCACCGCUGCCGCCGCCCCCGCCCCCGCCACCGGGGCCUCCGCCGCCCCCGCCGCCACGGCCGGCUGCGCGCUCAUGCAUCGGUGCCGAGGGUGUGGCACGGCCGCCGACGGUGCCGGCUGCACGCGCAUUCUUUGGGGCCGGGCCGGCGCCGAUGCGGCCGGUGCCGGCCCCACGCGGAUGUAUUUUUGCCGGUCCGGCCGAUGCGCACCCGGCAAUUGUGACGGUGCCGGCGCCGGCGCCGGUGCCGGCGGCGCGCGCAUGCAUGUUGACCGGGCCGGCUGAAGAGCAGCCGGCGUUCGCACGUAUUGAGAAGGAUGGCUGCGAUGAGCAUUUGGCAUUUCCAGCAGAGGAGACAUGGGAUUUCAAUGCGUCCAGGCCUGAAGGAGCAGGAGAGGGCGCGCCAGCUGUAGCCGAUGACGAGGGCACGGGCAUUGACUUGUUUGCGCUCAUCGCUCGCCACAAUCAAAGCAUGCAGAAGCCGCAAGACCCGUGCCCGCCUGAGAAGCCUGCCAAUGCGGCACCUGCGAGCAAGCCGGCUUGGAACCAGAAAGGCACGCAGGCUGGUGUUGACAGAGGAAUGAUCACAUUUGCUGAGCUGGCAAAUGACCCCAUCAAGGCGGCAGCUGUGCUGAAGCCGCAGCCGCCGCCCUGGAAGCCGGAACCCAGGAAGAAGUCAGACGAGCGCGAAGAGGGCGAGGUGGCCGUCAAGAGCUGCCAGGACAGCUGCAGCAAAGGCGUCGCCAACAAAGCUGGCGAAGCGCUUGGCGGCGGCGACCUCUCGGGCCGGCAGUCGCGCGCGGCCGGCCGCGGCCGCAGCCGAGACCAGCGCGCAACUUGCAACCGCCAGGCCUACGCGGGGAGAUAUUACGAUGUGGGCGGCUAUCCCCCACACACUGCGCCUUACGCAAAGCCGGGGAACAAUCGUCGGCCCCCGCCGCGCCAAUCCCAUGACUGGUAUGGCUGCCUCUACGGCGGCCGCCGCGGCCGCAACAAUGCUCCAAAACGCAGCUACAGCCCCGUCAGCAGCUGCAGCCGCAGCCGCAGCCGCUCCGGCGGCCGGGCUGACGGUAUCGACCGCCACGGCCGCGUCGGCUGCCGCAGCCGCAGCCGUAGCCGGGACGGCCGCGGCGACGCCGGCCGCAAGGCCCCGCGGCCGUCUCCGUGCUACAUGAGCCCCGUCCGCAGCCGCAGCCGCAGCCCUAUUGGCGACCAGCCACGCGGCGGGCGCGAGGCAGCCCAUAGCACUAGCCGCAGCCGCGGCCGCAGCAGCACGGGCGGCCGCAGCCUGAGCAAGUAUGGCAAGAAACGCAAGGGCAGUCCGCUGCCGGCACUUCCCAGCGCCAUGUCCUGCAGUCCUAGCCCCACCCGCAGCUGCAGCAAGACCUUGAAGACUGGCAAGACCCAUGGCCAUAAUUUGACCCUAAGCAAGGUCCUGAAGCCUGGAAAUAUAUCUUCAAAUUCCACCGACCGCAGUCGCAGCCGCAGCUCGGGGCGCAGCAGCUAUGGAGCCUUCGGAAACCAGGGCGAUCCAAGGGUGACCCGGGUCCGCGCAUGCAACACGACGGGGGAAGCUGGCGGAAGCUGCCUGCAUGCCAGGAACGCCAUUGCAGACUACCCCUGCACCAACCCACGCACGCGCAUUGACGACGUCCUUGCAGCCUGGAAGCUGCACAGUCAGCCGGGUGUGCGCGCAUGA